GUCUGCCCUUGCCAGGCUAUAAAGUGGGGGCCUCGCGGCGCCCCGAAACACAAGCCCGCUCACUCCAACAAGAAGCAGCAGCUGCCCAGACUUGAGCCCACCACCGCGAUGUCUGAGACCACAAAACCUGCUCCCGGCCAGGCUGCGGAUGAGAAGGAGAAGGCGGCUCCUGCGCCAACUCCAUCCCUCGACCCUGCUCCUGUCGCAAACAGCAAGGGCGAGGAGCCCUCCCCAGAAGCCUUCAGGAUCGUCGUCUUUGACCAGGAGAACUUCCAGGGCAGGCAGAUGGAGUUCACUGCCGAGUGCCUGAACCUGGCUGACCGUGGCUUCGACCGGGUGCGCAGCGUCAUUGUCACCUCUGGACCCUGGGUGGCCUACGAGCAGGCCAACAUGCGUGGGGAGAUGUUCAUCCUGGAGAAGGGCGAGUACCCUCGCUGGGACACCUGGUCCAGCAGCUACCGGAGCGACUGCUUCAUGUCCAUGCGUCCCAUCAAAAUGGAGGCUGAGGACCACAAAAUCUCCCUCUAUGAGUCUGCUGACUUCAAGGGCAACAAGAUGGAAAUCCAGGAGGAUGACGUGCCCAGCCUCUGGGCUUAUGGGUUCUGCGACCGCGUGGGCAGCGUGCAGGUGCCCAGUGGAACUUGGGUCGGGUACCAGUACCCUGGCUACAGAGGCUACCAGUACCUCUUUGAGACCGGAGACUUCCGACACUGGAACGAGUGGUCUGCCUUCCAGCCGCAGAUCCAGUCCAUCCGCCGCAUCCGGGACAUGCAGUGGGACCAGAAGGGCACCUUCGUCACCCCCGACGCGCCCUCCGACUGAGCGUGCCGCCUGCUAGCUACGAGUCCCGGGCCCCGUGGGGCACCCCCGCCUCCCCUCGCGCUCGCCUGCCCAGCACUUUCCUUGUACAUUGCACAUUCCCUGGAUGUACUCUACCUUGUGAGGCAAAUUAAAAAAACCAGAAGAUUA